GCAUAAUGAACUCAGCUCUUUUAUGUCUGCGCCGAUAUCUUUGAACAUUACUCACGAUUUGUACUAAAUAAUGGCGAGUGAACAAGGAGCAUUGCUCUUACGAAGACAAUUGAGAGACUUAACAAAGAAUCCAGUCGAAGGCUUUUCUGCCGGACUCAUUAGCGACAAUAACAUAUAUGAGUGGGAGGUACUGGUUAUCGGAACCCCAGAUACCAUAUACGAAGGCGGCUUUUUCAAGGCACAUCUCAUUUUUCCAUCGACAUAUCCAAUGAUGCCCCCAACUAUGAAGUUUCAUCCUCCUGGCGAUGACAAGUAUGGCUAUGAGAAAGCUAGCGAACGCUGGUCACCAGUGCAUACCGUUGAAACCAUAUUAAUAUCUGUGAUAUCCAUGCUGUCGAGCCCAAAUGACGAAUCUCCUGCCAACAUCGAGGCCGCUAAAGAGUGGCGUGAGGAUUACCCCACUUUCAAAAAGAAAGUGCAGAGGAUCGUGCGACGAUCGGCCGACAUGCUGUAGUGACUGGAUCAAUUUAACCGAAGAAGAUAUAUCUUGUUCAUUGUUAUAAUAGCUUUGUAAAUGUCAGUGUAGAUGUAUUGGAAGUAAUGCUGAUUUAAAGGUCUUUUUUACGUUGGGAUUACCAGUCUCACACCGUGCAGAACCCAAACAUUGAGCUCUGAAAUUUUGUUGUUCGUCCUGCAAUACCACCAUAUUGCCAUAAUGGAUAGUCAAGGUCAAUUAAAAAGAUGUUUCAAUGAAAACUUGUCUCCA